AUGAUGAGAUUAAAGAUCUUGCGAGCAUCUAGAAUUAACCCUGCACUUCUGAGGCUAAGGCCCCCGCAUCUUUACAGCAUCAACAAAAGCCAGGCAUUCCGAUUCUAUGCUACAGAUAUCGAAGAUUUGAAACGACAAUCGGAUAGAACAGAGUCUGAUAACUCUGCUUCAACUACCGGUGUCAUUGAUAAAGAAGCAAAUGAAGUCUUGUUAUAUUAUUCAUUCUCCAAUUCACGAAACUUUGUCAAACAGUACAUUUCGAGAUUUUUGCCAUCAAAAUUCUUAGGAGAGCAAGUCGAGGAAAAAGUCAAGGAUGUGUCGUAUCCAUUACCCCAGAACUCUUCCAUUACCGAAGUCUUGCAUUUACCAAGAGAUAGUGGAGCGUUUGUCAAGUUUAAAUAUUCGCCAUCGUUAACCGCAAAGGAAUUUAUUCAGGAUAUCAGAUCAAACAUUGCAGAGUCAAAUACUAAGCGGUACAGCAAUAUAUUCAUGAAGGCAAUUGGCUUUGUUUGGGAUAGAUCUACCCAGGUUUACACGGUCAAGGGUGUUCCAUGGAUUGAGGACUUGAAAAGAUUUCCGAGUCAGAAAAUUGGUAUAACUUAUGAGGGCAAUCCACUCACAGAAGAGGAAUUGUAUGUCCUUUUUAGACGUUAUGGCCUAAUUGAUGAUAUUAAAGUUGAAUCAACACAAUCUUUUGUUCUUUUCGAUACAGUUAGAGCAGCUAUUUGUGCAAAACAUUGUAUUACGGGAAUGCAAUUGAAUGGCGGGAAAACAACCAUCCAUAUUCAGUACGUGCCUGUAAAGAAAACCAAUUUCAUUAUUGAAAUGAUUUCUUCCCAUACUAAAAUUGCAUUGCCCGUUAUUUUAGCCCUUUUGGCAACAUUUGCUGUUUUGAUCUUUGAUCCAAUCAGAGAAUGGUUUAUUCAGUUGAAAAUCACACGUGCUAGCCACUCUUUUGAUGAGUUCAAGGAAAACAAAUGGUUCAAAAUUGUUUAUAUCCCAUAUAAACAACUCCUCAAUGCAGUCUCUAGUGGUUACGAUUAUAUUGACACACAAUUGCAUGAAGUAACCGGAAUAAAUAACGCUGAUGAAUGUCUGGAUGACAAUCAGGUUUUGCAAGAAAAGAAUUGGGAGAGCAACAUGUUUUGGAGAGAAAGAUUCGAGAAGGCUAAGCAGUUGAAGCUCUGGAUUAUGGAAAACAUUGAUACAUUUAUCAUCGUUAAGGGUCCCCAAGGGUCUGGUAAAGAAGAGUUUGUUGUUGAUCAUACUCUUAUGGCAGAUGCCAAGUUGAGAAAAAAAGUCUUGCUAUUAGAGUGUGACGAAUUGAGCAAAGCAAGAUCAGAAAACAGUUUGAUUGCUUCCACUGCAUCUCAAUUGGGUUAUUUCCCUGUGUUUACAUGGACGAAUUCAAUAUCACAAUUUAUCGAUUUAGGUUUGCAAGGUUUAACUGGACAAAAAUCCGGAUUAAGCGAGAGCAAAGAAACGCAGAUCAAAAACAUGUUUUCAUUGGCAACACAAGCAAUUAGGAGUUUAACAGAUGGCGACUAUAACAAGUACAAAACCAAUAUUGAAAAGAAGAAUAGAAGAUUAAAAGACGACGAAAAGAUUGAAGUUUUAAGACUUGAAGAGUUUUUGGCGCAGCAUCCGGAAUCGAAACCAAUUAUUGUGAUCAACAAGUUUGCACGGAAAGCUGAUGUACUGAGCAAUGACUUUAUCUUUCCGUUAAUUGCUGACUGGGCAUCUGGGUUGAUUCAAAAUAAUAUCGCGCACGUUGUUUUUACAACGGCUGAUGUUGGUUCCUUGCAGCAUUUGAAUGAUGCAUUGCCCAAUCAAGUGUUUAAAAAUAUCUCACUCAGUGAUGCUUCGAUAGCUAGUUCCAAGCAAUAUAUCUGUGAUGCUUUAAAGAUGAAGGACACUGCCACUUUGGAUGAUUGUAUUGCCCCAUUGGGUGGUAGAAUGUUGGACUUGCAAGCCUUUAUUCGUCGUAUCAAGUCUGGUGAAGAUCCACUGCAAGCAAUCGAUGAAAUGGUCAACCAAGCAGCAGAAUUGAUCACCACAUUCUUCCUACAUGAACAUAAAUUCAGCAAUGAUGACAGUAAUUGGAAUCCAUCGCAGGUGUGGUUAAUAAUGAAGCUCUUGUCAAAGAAAGACGUGAUUGACUAUGAUAGUUUAAUUAAGCUGCCUUUGUUUAAGCAAUCAAAAGAGACAUUGGACACGUUGUCCACCUUGGAGAAGUAUGAUCUUGUAUCGUUAAAGAGGGAGAAGGGUGUUCUCAGCAAGAUUCUGACUGGUCGACCUCUUUUUACAGCGGCUUUUGAGAAUAUUAUUUCAGAUGUAAGAAUAUGGAAGCUUUAUGAGACUCAAUAUUUGCUCAACUUGGUUAGUCUUGAAGUUCAGAAGUUGACCAAGUUUGAAAAUGAACUUACAACUAUAUACAAGAUUAACAAAUUGGAUGGAAGAAUCGAUUACUUGUCGAAGAAGAUUGAUGAAUCCAAUCAAAAGAUUGUUGACUAUGAAAAGGAGAUCAAGGAUAUCGCGGCAUAUAAAGGAGAGCCCAAACAACGCCACUCAUUCUUGGGUAUAUUUUAG